UCAUUUCUGGUUCCAUUCACGAGUCGGUCGCCGAGCGUGAGGUUGUGCGUUUCGUUGCCCCGCCGAGCGAGAGUAUCGAACGCGAUGUCUUUUUGUUUAUCAACAAACAAAAUGUGACCAGUUGUGUUUGGUGACAGCAAUAAAACGAUUUUGUGUGUUCUAUUUUUACUUACAAGUUAUUCUUAUGAAAAUAUGUUGAGUUAGCGGAGCCGAAAACAGUGUUUGAAGAUGGAUGGUGCGAACGGUGAUUCUGAUCACUCGAUGACUUGGGAGGACUUUUUCGGUAGCACAACGGACCUAACGCCCACGCUGAUCGGUAUAUACGACUCUUUACUUGAACCAGAAAAGAGUUUAAGACCUGAAGCUAGCCGAUUGGAAACCGCAAAAGAUGCUAGAAAUGAUCCACCAGUAGAUAUAGAAGUGAUAGACCCGCCCAAACCAGACUUAGCUCAGACAAGAGACGACACAAUGAUCACAGGAGGUGUCAAGCUCCCCACCGCAACCUUUAACAAAAGCUCAUUAUACUCAAUACGAACUAAAAGUGAUAACAACGGUGCUAGUGACGAAUUGGAUAAGUGUAAAGUGUUCAGUGAUACUUCUUUAAGCAAAAUUCAUAAAACAAUCAAAGAAAUGAAACAAGAGACGGCGUUCGAUAAUCUCUCGCCAAACGUGAAAAGGAUGAUAUCUGGUGCGACCGAAACGACCACGUUAAAAUUCCAAAAGAAAACUGUGAAUAUUGGCAGAAGUUCAAUGAGGCAUAAAUCUAACAUUCCUUUAGUUGGAGCUACCUCUAAGAUCUCCCAGUCUGGUGUUGAAAUCCUCCCUUCAGUCGACAUUUACGACCAGCCCUGUGCUAUCAAAAGCUUUACUAAAUCCAAAAGUGAGGAGAUAGAAUCUCCAGUUAUUUCUGUGCCGAUUAAACCUGAAUUUAAAAUUGACGAUGCUCAAACUUACGAUGUCCCUACAAACAACAGACCAGCUAUUUACGACGUUCCAGUGGUGAAUAAUAAAACUGCCUUCGAAUCCUUGUCCCUACCUUACAUCGAUCAAUCGAUCGAGCUCUCUAUAACAUCAAACGAUAGAGAGUUCGAUAUCAAACUGUCAUCAAAAGACAACUCACCGAUGAAGCCGAUGCCAAAAAGUCCGGUGCAGUCGCCUGCAAAAAUACCGAAACUCAACGAAGGCACAAACAGUUUGCAUCGAAAAGACUUCGUUAAUAAGAACGAGAGUCCUUCGAAACUUUUGUCGAAAACUGUACCAUAUCCUGAGGCUGUAGGGUCUACAGGGAAUUUGAAAACUUGUGAGAAGGAGGUGAUAAGAUUGAACCCUCCCGUUGAAGUUUCUCGGCCUUUGUCCAUGAGUUCCAUUGCUUCCUCAAGCUCCACAUCAAGUAGUGGGGUACAAAAUAAAGGGGGAGUGAACUCAGCAUACCUGGCUUCCAUCGAGAGUCUGGACGAUCAUAGCGACGCAGACAUGACAUCGGCAAACGGUAGCAAUAAUUUUGUAAAUAACGCCGGGAUCAUGACUGCUAGUGUGUCGGAAGAAAGGAAUUCUCAAGAUACACCACGUGCUCAGCUAGUAGACGAGUUGCCUGGCCUAUCGCAGCUGGAGCGAGUGUGUGCAGAGAUAGUGCAGACUGAAAUUGUUUACGUCGAAGAUCUUAGGCAGGUCGUAGAGGGCUACCUGCAUGUUUGGCGGAGGGAGGUGGCAUUCUCCGAUGAGCAGCUCAGCGAGCUCUUCAAUAAUAUUGAGGAUAUUUACAAUUUUAACAGAUCGCUCUGUGCAGAACUCAACACUUGCAAACUAGACGCCACGUGUAUCGCCCGAUGCUUCGUCAAGAACACUGCUGGUUUCUCAGUCUACACAUCCUACUGUACUGGGUACCCUCGGACCAUGGAGCGACUAGCAGCCCUUGCUUCGGAGCCAGCCAGUGCUCGGGAGUUCAGGGAGAGGCAGAUGGCCUUGGGACAUAUGCUGCCUCUAGCUUCUUACUUGUUGAAGCCGGUGCAGCGGAUCUUGAAGUACCAUUUGCUGUUGCAGAAUGUGGUUAAGCAAUGCGCAUCUCGAGAGACGGAGUACGCGCUGCUGAAGAUGACGGGCAUCGCACAGCACAUCGACGACAUGAAGAGAAGACACGAGCAUGCAGUCAGGGUGCAGGAGAUCCAAUCACUGCUGUACGGCUGGAGUGGACCGGACCUCACCACGUACGGAGAGUUGUGUGCCGAAGGGACAUUUAGAGUAUUCGGCGCGAAGGCAAUGCGUCACGCCUUCCUCUUCGACAAGAUGCUGCUCGUCACCAAGAACAGAGAGGACGGCAUACUGGCGUACAAAUCACAUAUCAUGUGUAACAACAUGAUGCUGGUGGAGUCCAUAGCGGGAGCUCCACUAUCGUUCCACGUGAUACCAUGGGACGCUCCGAGAGCACAGCUCACGCUGCAGGCACGCUCGCCGCGGCACAAGCGGGAGUGGACGCUGCUGCUCAAGCGGGUGAUCCUGGAGAAUUACAACGCAGUAAUCCCGUCACAUGCGAGGCAACUCGUCAUGGAACUUGGGCAAAACAAAACUGAUGAUGACAUGCUAGCAGAGAAAUCUCACAACCUGAUAACUCAAGCAUCGAUGAGGAAACAGCUAUCAGCCCCAGAGUAUCUCGAGAAACGCAAACUAGAAAGAGAAAGAAGAAAAUCUUUCGAGAACGGCACUCGAGGAAGACUUAAAAAAGGCAAUAGAAAAUACACUAUACCUAGUUCUAGAGCCGAAAGUCAAGAAUGUGACUGCCCACAAGUAUCAGUAGAAAAAGGCAUUGACUAUACUUGUGAAAGCUGCUAUGUUGACUUAUGUUCUGAAUGCGAAACAGAACUUAAUAAAGGUAAAAGAGAAGACAAAUGCAAUUGCAGACACGAUGACAAUCUACUCGGAGAGAAAUGUCCCGAAUGUGAUAGAGCACUACACUACAUAGAUUCAGGUAGCGCAGAACACUUAGAAAGGAAACAAUCUGCCUGCAAAUGUUCCGACUUCAAAUCAUCUCAGGAAAGUUUCGGUAAAGAGUUCAGCAAUUCAUUAAUUAAAACACGAGGGUACCACUCUUCUGAUAAUAUAAUAGGAUAUACUGAAAACAACAAAAGUAAAGACGAUUUAAGUGACACUAACAAUUCCUUAACUAAUGUGAGACCAAUACAAAAAACUUGUCUAAAAUGCGCUAAAAUCAAAGAAAAUAUCGUCACUGAUUCAUCUAGCACAAUACAUUCUAGAAGAUCUAGAUGCAACGACACUGAAAAAACUAAAACAGAUACCUUAAGAUCUAAAUCUAAAGAUGACCCACAGAGAUCUAAAUUGUCCAAAAUAGGAACUUGGAGACGAAAGUCUGAACCAGGCCUACAACAAAAUAUGAUAGGAAUUGUAAUGAAGAAAUCUCAGGAAAGUGACAAUGAAAGAGAAGUAAGAGGCAAUGAGAAGAUAGAAUUUGAAUGUAAAAACUGUGGCUCAAAUAAAAUAACAAAGAAACUUAGGGCAAGUGAUGGGACAAUUAUUUCUGAUCCCGAAGUCGACAGCAGAAAACGUACCGGUCCUUUGAAACCUGCAGUUGAAAUAAGAAUGUACAACACGAAAAAUAUACCAAAGAAGAUUUCCAAAAUUAAAAAGAAUAGAGCUAAAGGUUUACGGUUGGGGUCCGAUACAACUGCUAAAUUCUACGCUGACUUUUCCACCGAUGUGUCAACAGAGAACAUUCUACACAUAUCCGAGUCUAAUGACAGUUUGAAUGUUGAUAAACCUAAAGACACAAUAAUCCCUGUACCUGAAACCAUUAGCAAAGACGAAGAUAUAGAUGAAGAAACUUACAAGAAACUAAUAGAAAAGACGGAUUCAUUCAAAAAGAAUGAAUUGGAGAAAGUAAAGUACUUAAAUAAGCAGAAAGUGAUUAAUGAAGGCUCAGAAGCUGAAGAUAAAGCUUGUGAAAUUGAGACUAAAGAAGAAGUAGUAGAAAGCUGCGAAGAAGUAGAACAACCUCUAGAACAAAUAAUUUCACAGUUACUAAUGCAGAACAGGGAGUUCCAAAAGCUAAUAAAAAAGCAACAGCUAAGGAACACAGCUCAGAGACGACAUCAGAGGCUAAUGAAAUCUCAUUCGAAUCCCGAACAAGUUAUAUUAGCUAAGAACCUAGAAUCAAGUCAAUUAAAACCUAAAUAUGGACGGCAGACUUCAGAAGAUUUAGAAGCAAAUAAAAAUAAUGUUGAAGAGAUCGAAAAUGAGACUACAACAAGUUCUAGAACCGAGUUCACCGAAGAAAUGGAUGACGACCAUAUUUACGAAACGUUACGAGUUGACAAUAGAAUAGACGAAAGCCUACAUUCGUUGAAUACAAAGAGUAAAGUUAUUCAACAUAAUGUUCACGUCGGCAGACCAAAACGACUGCCUACGCCUCCAAAUAAUGACGAUGUACCUGAGAAUUCUCAUCACGUUGGCCCUGACUCUGAUUACGUUUACUUAUCGUUCGAUAAACUUAACAAAUUACAAGACACUGAAGGAAUUUACGAUGUUCCAGUAAGAUCUCCGGAAAAAGUCGACAGGAACUCGGAUUAUUAUGUCACAAUGGAGAAUAAGGGACCAAUCAUUACUGAAAACGUCUACGACUCAUUAAUAGAAGUUUGCAGGCGGAAGAAAGAGGUACCAAAUGAUUUGCCGAGCGAUUACUUACCGAUGAGUCCAGAUCAACAAAGCCCAAACACUCCUGAGAUCUGGCUAAGUAGACAGAAAGAACAUUGUAACGUUUCUAGAGAUAGGAAAUCAGGUUCUCUACCUAGAAGUUUUCAAGUAGUAACGAGUAAUCAAGAAGAAUCGAAUCUAGUAACGUUUAAAUGCAAGCCUAACAGUAAUAGCAAAACAUAUUUAAAUAGGGACGGCAAAGUAAUGAGUACGGACAGACCAUACACGAUAGCCUCAGAUCAAAGUGAAAUUAAUUAUGAUGACAUGAGUGAAGGAGACAUAAUUAAGUUCAACAAUUCAAAAACUAAUGAAACAGAUUUUGCUCAGAACAUAAGUCAAUCAACAUUGGAAUUGGAGGAAGAAAUUGAUAGAUGCUACAAAAGUAAAUUCGAAGAUUUGAAUCUCGAUAAAAAUAAAAAUGAGAAUCUUUUAACGGUUUCUCAGCCUAAUUUAAAUAUCUCUACUACAUCAUCCUGCGAAGUUUUGCCUUUAGAGCAAAACGAUGACAGUAAGUCUAACGAUAUUGAAGUUAUUCAUCCAGAACACAAAAUUUAUAAGCCAACAUCAAACAUGCUUUCCCUUAAAAAUGUGCUGAGUCGCUUCAAAAAUAAAACCCCGAACAAGAGCAAUGAUGACGCAGAAAUUAACGCCAACGAUCACAGCAGCCCUGAUAGCACUAAAUCCGAUCUCAAAAGUCCGUCAAGUGAAAAAAGACCAAACUUGAAUCCUAGAAGCUACUCCAAGAACCUUUUACAAAGAUUCAGAAGUAUAAUAGGCGACGAACAUACUGAUGACAAUCAAAACAAACCUGAGGUUGUAAGCAAAGUUCUACACACUGAAGAUCUGCAAAAUAAUUUGAUUAAAAGCGACAUUAAAGUUGUAAUAACAUCAACAGACACAAGUCCUACAACUUCGACUAUAGUUUAUGCAAUUAACAAUGAGUUACUGAGCAAGAGUGUCUGUGAAAAUAGCACGAUGUCUGAAAGUCAAAAUGAGAAGAGCAAUUUAGACGCUUUAUCUCUCAGUUGCGACAAUAUCAACCAAAAACUAGGAAUCCAUCGACCGGCCUACGAGAAAAGUGUCAGUAUGGUAACAAGCAUAUCCAGCUCAGUUGGAUCGCCUUCCAAAUCAAAUAAUAGUUCCUACCAAAGCUUAAACAAGCUGCCCAUAUACAUGCAAGGUAGUAAACAUUUAGGAGCCAGGAUAGCUCAAUCAGAUUACGUAGAUCCAAUGACUCUAUCUAGCGAUAAAUCUCCACUUAAGACGGUCAAUGUACUUAUUAAUAAAAAUGCCGUGAGACCUGAUAGUUUAUUUUCUAAUUCUUCAUUUGUGACGUCUUCGAGCGAGGGAGCCUAUCAAGAUAUACAAAAUAAAGGAAACGUUAAUCAAAAUAUUGUAGAAAGUAAAGAGGAAACGCAACGAUCGAUUCAGACUAACUCUGACGAGAGUUACUAUGAGAAAUCAUUUGAGAAGAUUGAACAAGUAACUGACGAAGAUGUGUUUAGAGAUUCUGCAGUAUAUUCUGAUCAGGAAGACGUAGAAGACACGAAAAUUGAAAUUGUAGGUAAAGAUAAGAUAAUAAACAAGACUGUUACUAAAGUAGAGAGCGUGAAACGGAAUAAUUCAUUCAAAUCUCAAAAAACAACGAUAACUACAACUGUUAACGAAAAAUGCAACAAACAGACGCGCGUAGUGGUGACUACUAACAAAACAGCGAAUAUUGAACGUGUAAAUAGUAAAAUAGAAAAGGUUGUGAAACCAAAAGUAGCUCCACCUGUGCCCACGAAGCCCAAAAUAAAUCAGAUAGCAAAUGCUUCUCCCAUCGUACAGAUCAAAACUGCAUCUAAAACAUUAUCUAGGAGCUCGGAACAAUCUUCAUCCUCAGAAUCAGUGAACAUGAAAACCAUUAAAAGAAAUGUGAAUUACAGACCAGCAAUAGUAAGAUCAGAAUCUAUUCCUCCAAGUGACAAUCCAAAAGCAGUUGAAGAUAAAAUGACCAAAAGUGAUAUUCCAAGUAAAGUUAGCGAAAAGACAGAUACAGUAGAUAAUUUGGACAUGAAAGCAAAACCCCAAGGCAAUAUAGAAAUUAAAAGACUUAGCUUCGAAAGAGCCAGCCUUGAUUCUGCGACCAGAAAAUUACGAUCAAUAAAUGAAGUGAAAAAGUCGUUACUGGAGCAACCGAAAACAUCAAAAUCUGUCUUGGAAAGGAGAAUGGAGAUCGAGCAACUGUCGAAAACUAAUAUAAAACCGAAUCCUAACGUAAAAAAACCGGUACAGGCAGCUAAACCAAAGUCCAUUACAACAAAAGUAGCUAAUUUCGAAAGAAGCGUCAGUGAGAUUACUGUGAAGGAGAAAACUGUAUCCAAUCCUUGUACUGAUAAAAACAUUCCUAGUAGAAGUAAUUCUGAAGACAGACCAGAAAUUGAUGAUGCUAAAGGCAGUUGGGUGAAGCAGGUUGUCAAUAAAUUUCAAUGAGCUUAUACGAGUGAUAUUUUUGCAUUUAAACUACGCCUUUUAACGGCCAAUCUGUAGAAGGAAUCUAUGGUAGAUUGGUCAGAUUUUAAUCUGUCGUCUUGUGUGACAUCUGAGAAGAGUAGGAAUAUUUUUAAUUACGUAAAUAUUUGUAUCCGUAUAAAUAUUUUUUAUGAAAUUGUAUCUCAUUUAGAAAUUAAACUUACUAAUGUGAAAAAAUAAUUUUGUCUCCUCGUAUGUAACACGGUGUCACAUAACUGACAAGACUUGAUUAAUAAUUCCGUCUCUUUUGUACUCCCAAGUUUUGAAUUCCGUCAACUUAAUAUAGCUUAACUUAGUAUAAUUUAGUACGACGCUGAUUUUUAACGAUACUGGUUUUAUAAGUAUCUUAUUCGAUCAAAAAUCGUAUCUAAGCUUAAGCCCCCAAAAAUCAACGUUGUACUUUAUAAUCUUAGGAUUAUAAUAAAUAAUUGUUAAUCAUUAUUGUAAAUAAUCUCCUAUCAAACCUCCUUGAGCUUUGAUAUCUCGUGCCAUAGACAAUGGAUUAUAUUUUGGCAAAGACAUCACUACGCACAGUCUUCACGUGUAUAUAAUCUGUGGAAAUGCUUAUUUUGCUAUAAAUUGUAUUUAUUCAAAAAGUGCCAUUGCGAUAUUAGACGAGUAUUUUAUUAUAAUUUAAAAAGGAAAUUAUUUUGUUUCGUGCAAUUGAAUAACGAUCUACUUAAAAGUAUUUAUUUUUUGUUUAAUAGACACUAAGUUUUGUUGUGUAGCUACUAACACCAAAAAGUAGAGAAGAUUGUUUUAGUAUUAUUUUUUUUUACUAAUAAAUAAAUUUAUUCAAUAAUA